AUUUGGUGACAUCAGCAGGUCAGGUGACUGUGACGGGGCCUGAUCGUGUGAGACCGUCUAGUUGGCUGUGCUGAAGUGUGUGUAGAAGACAGUGCAGAAGUAUGUGUCCCUGUUGGCAGUGGGUGCGCUGCAGCUUGACUGGUGGUCACUUCCGGGUGUAGCCUGCCCUCCGGUGUCUGUAUAGAUGAAGCUGUAGCGUUGUUCUGGUGGAAGCCUUGCCCUCAGCUCCAGCUGCUGUAGGAGGGAGAGAGACUCGCAGACAUGGAGGAGAAGUACAGCAACAACGUCAUGAGCAGCGGCCGCCUGGGGCCAGUGGAUGCCCCAGAGUCCAGGUUAACCCGAUACAUUGUGCUCCUGUGCUUCACAAAGUUUUUGAAGGCUCUUGGAAUAUUUGAAUCCUAUGAUCUAUUAAAAGUGGUCCACAUAGUACAGUUUAUCUUUAUAUUAAAACUAGGUUCUACAUGUUUCUUGGUUUUGUUUCAAAAGCCAUUUUCGUCUGGAAAAACGAUUACAAAACGGCAGUGGGUCAGUAUUGUAAAACAUGCUUUUGUAAGCUGCAUAAUCUCACUCCUGUGGUUCUUUGGUCUGACGCUCUGUGGUCCACUAAGGACCUUGCUGCUGUUUGAACAUAGCGACAUUGUAGUCGUUUCAUUGCUCACUGUGCUUUUUACUGGAUCUGGAGGAGGACCGUCAAAGACUCGAGGAGCUGCAUUUUUCAUUAUUGCUGUUAUAUGCUUGCUUCUUUUUGAUAACGACGAUCUCAUGGCGAAAAUAGCCGAGCACCCUGAAGGGCACCAUGACAGUGCACUCACACACUUCAUGUACCGAGCUUUUUCCCUCUUGGGAGUUGCUGACCAUAAGGGAGGAGUACUGUUGCUUGUGUUGGCUCUAUGUUUCAAUGUUGGUUUUCACACAGCUUCCAGAAAGCUCUCUUUAGAUAUUGGCGGUGCCAAACGUCUUCAGGCUUUGUCUCACCUUGUCUCUGUAAUAAUACUGUGCCCAUGGGUCAUCAUCCUUUCUGCAACUACUGAGAGCAAAGUAGAGUCCUGGUCUGCACUCAUAAUGCCUUUUAUGACUGUCAUUUUUGCUGUCAUGAUUAUGGAUUUCUAUGUGGAAUCUGUUUGUUCGGUUAAAAUGGAGCCAUCAAAAUGUGCACGUUAUGGGUCCUUCCUCAUUUUUACUAGCGCACUGCUGUUGGGUAAUUUCUGGACCCAUCCAAUAACUGACCAGCUUCGGGCCAUGAAUAAGCCUGCGCACCACCAAAGUACUGAACAUGUGCUUUCUGGAGGUGUAGUGGUCAGUGCCAUCUUCUUCAUUCUGUCUGCACAAAUCUUGGCAUCCUCUUCAAGGAAAGGACAGAAGGGCACGCUGGUGGGUUACUCCCCUGAGGGCACACCGCUGUAUAACUUUAUGGGAGAUGCUUUGCACAGCACUUCCCCCUCCAUGCCCAGGUUCCUGAAAGAUUCACUGAAGCAAAUCCUGGAAGAGUACGACUCCAGACAGAUCUUCUAUUUCCUGUGUCUGAAUCUGGCUUUCACGUUUGUGGAACUCUUCUAUGGCGUGUGGACCAAUAGUCUGGGCUUAUUAUCUGACGGAUUCCACAUGUUGUUUGACUGCUCUGCAUUAGUGAUGGGCCUUAUUGCUGCAUUAAUGACUCGCUGGAAAGCAACCCGAAUCUUUUCAUACGGGUAUGGCCGGGUAGAAAUUCUGUCUGGAUUUAUCAAUGGUCUGUUUCUGAUGGUUAUAGCAUUUUUCGUGUUUAUUGAGGCGGUGGCCAGGAUAUUUGACCCUCCAGAUAUCAAUACAGACAUGCUUACUCCUGUCUCAGUUGGAGGACUGAUCGUAAACCUUGUCGGUAUCUGUGCUUUUAGCCAUGCCCAUUCCCAUGGGGCUUCUCGAGGAGGGUGUCCUUCUCAUGAUCAUGGCCAUUCUCACCAUGGACACAGUCAUGGGCACAACCACUCACAUAGUGACCAUGGACAUGCCCAUAACCAUGGACAUACCCACAAUCAUGGACACUCUCAUGGGUCUGCUGGAGUUGGGAUGAAUGCAAAUAUGAGAGGUGUAUUCUUACAUGUAUUGGCAGAUACGCUUGGAAGCGUUGGAGUCAUUGUAUCCACCAUCCUGAUUCGACAGUUCGGCUGGCUCAUUGCAGACCCCUUAUGCUCACUAUUCAUUUCUGUAUUAAUAUUUGCCAGUGUUCUGCCUUUGCUUAACGAUGCCUGCCAGGUGAUUCUUCUGAGGAUACCACAAGAAACUGAAAAAGGAGUAAACAUUGCCCUUGAAAAGAUUUCUAACAUUGAUGGUCUAAUCUCCUACCGGGAUCCACAUUUCUGGCGCCAUUCUGCCUCUCUUGUUGCAGGGACUAUACAUGUUCAGGUGAUGUCGGAUGUUGUAGAGCAGAGGAUCAUCCAGCAGGUAACGUCCAUUCUAAAGGAUGCCGGAGUCAAUAACCUCACUGUACAAGUGGAGAAAGAAGCUUACUUCCAGCAUAUGUCUGGCCUUAGUACCGCAUUCCAAGAUGUCCUUGUCAUGACCAAACAGAUGGACACUAUCACAUACUACAAGGAUGGGACUUAUAUCAUGUGACCGAAAUCAUCCAACAGUAUUCAUCCGCCUUUUGUCCAGGGAAUAUAAACACACAGACUUGUACAUAAUUGUACAGAUAUCAGACUUUCUAUAGAUUUGGAUUUUAUAA